CAGACAACUAUUCAUGUCUCACGAGCUUAAAUCAAGGAGCAGAGUUACACGUACAGGGUAGCUGGGCGAGCUUGGAGUUGACCCCCCACACUUGGACCCCAACUGGAGCCAAGCCUCAUCAUACGCGUCUCCAGACCUCAGCUUUAACUUACAAUCUCCAAAAUAUUUCCUCAGCUGCCCACCACCCGUGCCAGCGCCGCCAGCCAUGGAGCGCCACAGGCAAGCCGUCAAGGCCAUCUCGACUGCCGUCCGCGGCUACUUUGAGCGCUCAGAGCCCUACCGCAUCUUCCACGGCUCGACAAACUCGACGCGCCCACGACCCAAACCCGGCCAGCCGCAGGCCCGCUUCGUCGACAUCUCGAGUCUUAACAAUGUGCUCGGCGUCGACCGCGCGCAGAAGAUUGCGCUCGUGGAGCCCAACGUGCCCAUGGAUCGGUUGGUGGAGCACACCCUCAAGCAUGGGCUCGUGCCGCCGGUGGUGAUGGAGUUCCCGGGUAUCACGACGGGUGGCGGCUUCGCAGGCACGGCGGGCGAGAGUUCGAGUUUCAAGCACGGCUUUUUUGACGAGACGAUCAAGUCUGUCGAGAUGGUACUGGGCAAUGGCGAGGUUGUCAAGGCCAGUCGGGAGGAGAGGGCGGAUCUGUUCCACGGGGCGGCUGGUGCGGUCGGCACGCUGGGCACGACGACGUUGAUCGAGCUGCAGCUCAUGGAUGCCAAGAAGUAUGUGCAGACGACGUAUCACCGUGUCGGCUCUGUCAAGGAGGCGGUGGAGAAGGUGAGGAAAGAGACGGCCAACCUGGACAACGACUACGUCGACGGCAUCGUCUUCUCGCCGACCCACGCUGUCAUCGUCACCGGCAAGCUCACGGACGAGAAGCCGACCGCGGCGCCGAUCCGCACAUUCUCAGGCGCCUGGGAUCCGUGGUACUACAUGCACGUCCAGGAGCGCUCUGCCACCGCCCAGGCGGCCACCGACUACAUCCCCCUGGGCGAGUACCUCUUCCGCUACGACCGCGGCGGCUUCUGGGUCGGCGCCUCGGCCUUCAAGUACUUCUGGAUGGUGCCCUUUACCCGCUUUUUCCGCUGGUUUCUCGACGACUUUUUGCACACCCGCAUGCUCUACCGCGCCCUCCACGGCUCGGGGGAGUCUGCUCGGUUCGUGGUGCAGGAUCUCGCGGUGCCGUACGACAAUGUCGAGGCCUUUGUCGACUACACGGCCGAGAACUUUGACAUCUGGCCGCUCUGGCUGUGCCCACUCAAGCAGGCCCCGGCGCCAACUUUCCACCCCCACAACAAGAACGAGGUGAACGCCGACGGGACACCCAAGGAGAUGCUUAACGUUGGCCUGUGGGGCUGGGGCCCCGUCAACGCCGAGGCCUUUGUGCACAAGAACCGCGCUCUAGAGGAUAAGCUCGUGCAGCUCGGUGGCAUGAAGUGGCUUUAUGCGCACACCUACUACUCGCCCAACGAGUUUUGGGCGCUGUACGACGAGAAGUGGUAUACGGCGCUGCGCGAGAAGUACCACGCCACCACCUUGCCCAGCGUGUACGACAAGGUGAAGGUGGACGUGGACCGGAGACGGAGGGAGCUGGGCGAGUGGCGCCAGCGCGUCAAGAGCCUGCGGCCGCUGGGUGGUCUGUACGGCAUCGCCAAGAGCAUCAAGAGCGGCGACUACUGGCUGCAUAGAAACGCGACCUGGAAGUACAAGGGGAAGAAGGAAUAGAGGCGCGCGAGAGGCGCAGCACGAAUGUAAACAUACAAGAGAGUGUACGGUAGUCUAGAAAACGUAAUGUCUUGAUUCAUCAUUCGACCUCUAUAUAGUCGACCAACAAAGGGAAUAAACACAUUCCAAAGACUAAACCUCCCUGUCUAUGUUCAUCUUUUAAGCAAGGACCGGGCCACCAGUCCUCCCCAAAAAUAUAUUAAAUGAAUAAACAGUCAUCAAAUAUGCUUUCAUGUCGGCUUCCACUCGCUCGCUCGCUUCGUCGCUUACACCUUCAUGGUGUACUCCCUCCUGAACAUGUCGUCCACCUUCUCGAGGUAGUAUGUCCCCGGGGUGAUGUUCUCCGUCUGGCCCUGGGGGGCAA